UCGGCGCCCGCAGAGCCGGCUUGUGGCGCCCGCGGACCAUACCGGGCUGCGCGCGGGAGGCGGAGGCCGCGGCCCUGACCCUAAGGCGAGGAUCUGAACUCAAGUCGUUCAUCCGGGAGGUGGCCGCAGGAAACACCAGCAAGGAAGACGACAGUGAACCCCAGAGAAUUGAAAACAGGAUGCUGCCGGCCGCGGACCACCUGCUGCGCCUGCUGGGGCUGGAGAGGACGGCCUUCCGCCGGCACGCCGUGUCCGCGCUGCUGCUGCUGCUGCUCUUCCUCGCCUUCCGCCUGCUGCUGCGGCUCGCGCGCCUCUGCUGGCGCUUCCACGCCACCUGCCGCCGGCUGCGCUGCUUCCCCGAGCCGCCGCGGCGCAGCUGGCUGCUGGGCCACCUGGGCAUGUACCUCCCGAAUGAGACGGGCCUCCAAGACGAGAAGAAGGUGCUGGACAACAUGCACCACGUGGUUUUGGUGUGGAUGGGGCCUGUCCUGCCACUGGUGGUUCUGGUGCACCCCGAUUACAUCAAGCCCCUGGUGGGCGCCUCAGCUGCUGUGGCCCCCAAGGACGAGCUUUUCUAUGGCUUCCUGAAACCGUGGCUGGGGGACGGGCUGCUGCUCAGCAAAGGCGACAAGUGGAGCCGGCACCGCCGCAUGCUGACGCCCGCCUUCCACUUCGACAUCCUGAAGCCCUACAUGAGGAUCUUCAACCAGUGCGCCCACGUCAUGCACGCCAAAUGGCGGCGCCUGGCAGAGGGCUCCGUUGUGUCCCUCGACAUGUUUGAGCAUGUCAGCCUCAUGACCCUGGACAGUCUCCAGAAGUGUGUCUUCAGCUGCAGCAGCAACUGCCAAGAGAGCAUGAGCGACUACAUCUCGGCCAUCAUGGAGCUGAGCGCGCUGGCUGUCAAGCGCCAGUACCGCCUGCACCAGUACCUGGACUUCGUGUACUACCGCACGGCGGACGGGCGGCGGUUCCGGCGGGCCUGCGACACGGUGCACCGCUUCACCGACCAGGUCAUCCGCGAGCGGCGGCGGGCGCUGCGGCAGCAGGGCGCCGAGGCCUGGCUCAAGGCCAAGCAGGGCAAGACGCUGGACUUCAUCGACGUGCUGCUGCUGGCCAAGGAUGAAGACGGGAAGGAGCUGUCGGACGAGGACAUCAGAGCCGAGGCGGACACCUUCAUGUUCGAGGGUCACGACACGACAUCCAGCGGGCUCUCCUGGGUGCUGUUCAAUUUGGCGAAGUACCCGGAAUACCAGGAGAAGUGCCGGGAGGAGGUCCAGGAAGUCAUGAGGGGCCGGGAGCUGGAGGAGCUGGAGUGGGACGACCUGACCCAGCUGCCCUUCACCACGAUGUGCAUCAAGGAGAGCCUGCGCCAGUUCCCGCCCGUGACGCUCGUCUCCCGCCGCUGCACGGAGGACAUCAAGCUCCCGGACGGCCGGGUCAUCCCCAAAGGAAUCAUCUGUCUGGUCAGCAUCUACGGAACCCACCACAACCCCACGGUGUGGCCCGACUCCAAGGUGUACAACCCCUACCGCUUUGACCCGGACAACCCGCAGCAGCGCUCCCCGCUGGCCUUCGUGCCCUUCUCUGCAGGACCCAGGAACUGCAUCGGACAGAGCUUCGCCAUGGCCGAGAUGCGCGUGGCGGUGGCGCUCACGCUGCUGCGCUUCCGCCUGAGCGUGGACCGCACGCGCAAGGUGCGGCGGAAGCCGGAGCUCAUCCUGCGCACGGAGAACGGCAUCUGGCUCAACGUGGAGCCGCUGCCUCCGCGGGCCUGAGCGACGGGCGCCGCUGCGGAUCCCGGGGGUCCAGGCCCCGCCCAGAGAGGCCGAGGCCCCGCCCCCGACGGCCCAAGCCCCGCCCCCAACAUCCUGCGGGCAGAGACCGCUGCCCUCUGAGUCCAGGUUCUGCUCCUGUAGGACCGGUCGCCGCUGUCCAGCAGCCUGAUGGUGCUGGCCACGCCCCUCAAGGCGAGGCUCCGCCCCCUGAGGGUCUGACCCCGCCCCUUUAAAUUUAGGCCCCGCCCCCGACGGUCCAAGCUCCGCCCCCAACAUCCUGGGGGCAGAGACCGCUGCUCUCCGAGUCCAGGUUCUGCUCCUGUAGGACCAGCCACCGGCCUGAUGGUGCUGGCCACGCCCCUCAGGGCGAGGCCCCGCCCCCGAGGGUCUGACCCCGCCCCUUGAGGUUUAGGUCCCGCCCCCUGAGUGUCUGCACCUGUUCGCCUUGAGGGAACCAGACUUGGCCACGCCCCCUGGGGAGCAGACCACGCCCCCUAGGGCUCAGGCCCCGCCCCCAGGAUACGGUGGCUUGUCCUCUGGCCUCACCCCUGCGGAGCCAGGUCCCCCAGGCUGUGCCCACCAAACCUUCCGAGGACCUGAGACGCACCCGCUCCUGGCUGGCCUCCCAGGCUGGCCUCCCAGUCGAGGACUUGGAGGCUGGAGGGUGACAGCCCUGAACCCGUGACGUCGCUCGUGGGGGCGAACCGCUCAGGCGGCGUCCCAGGACCGGGGCUGUUUGCUUCUGUCCUUGUUUCCUAAACCCGGACCCCUCCCGACCUCCCUUGUGCAAGGCCCUUUGCUGAGUGUUCUGAUUUUUGCAGAAUAAAAGCAAGGGCUGCUCGUACCCCGCCCGCCCCUCCAGCCCCUGGCUCAGCCGGGCCCUGGCACCUGUAGCCCUGCACUGCAGGAACGAGGGGCUCGGGGCAGGUGUGAAGCAACCGAGGGGGGCGCUGGGCUGGGCUGGGCGGCUGGGAAGCCACUGGUCCUAGGACAUAAACCCAGAUGU